AUUCUCUUCCUAAUCAUUCCAGACCUGCAUUGCAAUAUUGUGGCAGCAAUUUCUUGAAUAAUUUCCUUUUGCCAUACACCGCACGCGUUACUAGUUUAAUAUCUCUUCCUCAGCUUAAGAGGGAUUGUUAGUAAGUUAUUCAUUCUCCUAGCAGUAUACAUACCCUACGUUAGUACCAGACUUAUACCAUCUCAUAUUUGCAAUUACUUCUCUUUACAAAUUUUGUAGGAAGUAUAUUCUGCCUUAGAUUCCUUAUAACAAUAUGGCUUCCAAAACAAGAGCCACAAUCGCCCUUUUUCUCUCAUUGAAUCUGCUUUCCUAUGCACUAGUCAGUGGAACCGAUUGUGGCUCUUGUCAUUAUAAUCCUCCUAGCACCAGUAACGGUGGUGGCAAUGGCCGUAACACUGGUGGCUCGAGCAAUGGUGGUGGCUCCGGCAACGGAGGUGGUGGUUCGGGCAAUGGUGGUGGAGGUGGCAAUGGGCAAGGCAGGUGCCCGAGGGAUGCUCUGAAGUUGGGGGUAUGUGCUAAUUUAGUUGGUGGAUUGGUGGGAGCGAUAGUGGGUUCUCCUCCAACUUUGCCAUGCUGCAGCUUGAUCGCGGGGCUGACGGAUCUAGAGGCGGCAGUUUGCUUGUGCACAGCCAUAAGGGCAAAUGUGCUGGGAAUAAAUCUGGAUGUGCCACUCUCUCUUAGCCUCGUUCUCAACAAUUGCGAAACAUCUUUGCGGAUUUUGUUUGACUUGUCCAGGGUCUUAAGACUAUGGUUGGUUAUGAAUGAUUUCGGCAGAAGAGAAAAAAAGAAAAGAAAAGGGAAACGCCAAUAAGGAAAGAAAAUAAGAACUUAACUGGAUCUCUCAAGACUUGUAAGAUAAAUUUGUCUGCAAACCCCUGGUGAUAAGUAAAGUGUGCAAAUUAUUUUGUGAUAAAGUUACGUCCA